AUGGAUAAAGAAGAAAAUUACAAAACGUCGGAGAAGUACGAAAUAUGUACUAGCUUUGAAAAUAUAGGCAUUGACGAAGGUUUGCUGAGGGGUAUUUAUGCGUACGGAUUUGAGAAGCCUUCAGCUAUUCAACAGAGGGGUAUAAAACCAAUACUAAGUGGAAGAGAUGUGAUUUUGCAAAGCCAAAGUGGGACUGGAAAAACUUGUGUCUUUGCAGUGGGUGCUUUAAAUUGUGUUAAUCGUAAUUUAAGUGAAACCCAGGUGAUUAUAUUAUCCCCCACGAGGGAGCUAGCAGAACAGACUCAGAAGGUGUGUUUGGCUCUAGCAGAUUAUAUACACGUAACAAUAUAUUGUUGCAUUGGCGGGAAGAAAAUGAGUGACGACAUAAAGGCGCUGAACAAUGGAGUUCAUAUAAUUAGUGGGACCCCAGGAAGAAUAUACCAUAUGCUAAACUUGAGGCACUUAAAAUGCAAGUAUAUAAAACAGCUAGUUAUUGACGAGGCGGACGAAAUGCUAAACAAAGGAUUCAAAGAACAGGUAUACGACAUAUAUCGUUUUUUGUCUCCCAACACACAAAUCGUACUUUCUUCAGCUACACUUCCACAGGAGGUGUUAGAAAUAACAAACAAGUUCAUGCACCGGCCUGUGAAAAUAUUAGUGAAGCGAGAUGAACUCACAUUGGAAGGCAUAAAGCAAUUUUUUGUAUCCAUAGAGAAGGAGCAAUGGAAAUAUGAAACGCUUGCUGAUUUGUAUGAAAGCUUAACCAUCACGCAAGCUGUUGUGUUUUGUAAUACGAAGAUGAAGGUAGAUUGGUUAACGAAGAAAAUGCAGGAGGCGAAUUUUACCGUUUGUAAGAUGCAUGCAGGGAUGAGUCAAAGUGAGCGAGAUGAUAUUAUGCUCAAAUUCAGACAAUGUAAAUUUCGUGUUCUUAUAUCUACUGAUAUUUGGGGUAGAGGAUUGGAUGUUCAGGAAGUUUCUCUUGUGGUGAAUUAUGACCUGCCUAACUCGAGAGAGAGCUACAUUCACCGCAUCGGGCGGAGUGGCCGAUUUGGCAGAAAGGGGGUCGCUAUAAACUUUGUUAAAAAUGACGAUAUAAAAAUUCUCAGGGAUAUUGAACAGUACUACUCCACGCAGAUUGACGAGAUGCCUAUGAACAUCACAGAGUUGCUAUAA